CCGUGGGAUCGAGGCAAGGCUUGGUGCUUAGCUGUCACGACGGGAAUAUGGAAUAAAUUUCGUAGAAAACCUCCGACCAAAAAUGGCCUAGAAUCACACAAUACUCGCUGUUCCAUCACGACUGUGCGAAGUAUUGAUUGAAAAUAUUGCUAAUAUGGAGCAGUCAUUGGCAAAGGAAAAAGUCAAGAAUAGCCAUGCAGAGAGUAAACCUGAUGAAAACUCCACAGAAGCAGAUAAAUUCUGCAUAGAAAUAACAUAUCAGCCUAUGCAUAACUCAAAAAAUAAUAAUCCUUCAAUUUUACAUGUUCAGAAUGAGAAAAAUGACUUGAAAUUGAUAAAAGCUGAAGAUGAGUCUGUGGGUAAUGUAGCACAUUCAGCGACAAGUGGACUAGAUGCGCAGCCCAUCUCAAUGGUGCAUGGGAGGCUGUGUAACAAUGAAGAACCAAGCGACGACUCAGUGUUAGUCAUCCAGGAGACUGAAAAAAGUGAUUGCAAGUCUCCUGUUUCUUCAGCAUCAGGCAUGUCUGGGAAUACUGGGCCAGCAAUGGAGAAUGUUAUGUCCAAUGAGGGAUUAACCAGCAUGCAUGACACCCAGAGGGAAAGCAUUAACAUCUCCAUACCCAAUAUACACUCAGUGGAGAUUCUCCCCCCCUCUCCCGUCAUCAGUGAACAUAAUGAGCUGCCCCACGCUGACAACCUGGAUAGUGACCUGGAUGGUCAGGUGAUCACAUGUAACUCAAGCGUCCUCUUGCAGGACACUGCUAUCAUAAGCUCUGGUCUUAGUGUUGCUCUGCCCCAGGCGGUUGUCCUGACAACAUCAGCCCUCUCAACGCUCUGCCCAACAUCCCCGUCACCGGUAACUACUGGUUCUCUAGAGGGUGCUGAGUAUGGUGAUCAACAAGAUGCUGAUGGGAUCUUGAUUCCUAAAGUAGAGCCAGGACAGGCAUAUAUUGGGCUAACAACAGCAGUGUCUGGAAUCAGUGAAAGUGAUAAUAAAUUGAUCACCACCUGUGCGGGGGAGGGUAUAGCCGUGACCACCAAUCAAAGUGGCAUGUGUUACCUGCGCCAAAUCUUUGACCAUGACCAAGUCACCUCAGAAGGGCCAAUGCCUACCAUAGUUCAUGGUGUCGCAUCUAAUGAGCUACCAGAAUUGCAACAAUGCAAGUGGGAGAGCUGCUGCCAUCAUUUCCUAACACUAGAUGACCUCGUAAAUCAUGUUAAUGAAUACCAUAUCACAUUUGACAAGGACUCAGAGUAUCGCUGUCGGUGGCAAGGUUGCAAUCGUAAUGGCAAGGGUUUUAAUGCACGGUAUAAAAUGCUUAUCCAUAUGCGGACACACACCGGUGAAAGACCCCAUAAAUGUACUUUUGAUUCAUGCGAGAAAAGCUUCUCUAGACUGGAGAAUCUGAAAAUCCAUCAGCGUUCACACACAGGAGAAAAACCUUAUUCUUGCCCUAUUGAGGGUUGCGACAAGAGAUAUUCUAAUUCUAGUGACAGAUUUAAGCACACUAGGACUCAUUAUGAGAGAAAGCCAUAUCAUUGUAGGAUAGAGGGGUGUGAGAAGCGAUACACAGACCCAAGCUCUUUAAGAAAACACCUUAAGACUUACCAUGGGCAGGAAUCAAGUAUAGAGAUGGACACAGACUGAUUCAAACGGUUUAUUAAAUGUAGAUAUAUAAUAUGGGUAGUAAAAUGUCACCAAAACA